AUCAAUCAAGAACCUACCAAACACACAAACAAGAAUCGUCUAUCCACGGUUAUGGAGAGAAAACAACACUUUGUGUUAGUUCACAACGCUUAUCAUGGAGCUUGGAUCUGGUUCAAGCUCAAACCCCUCCUUGAAUCCGCCGGUCACCGCGUCACUGCCGUCGAACUCGCCGCCUCCGGGAUCGAUCGACGCCCAAUCCAAGCCGUUGAAUCUUUCGAGGAAUACUCCCAACCGUUGAUCGAAACCCUCGCAUCUCUCCCUGAGAACGAAGAGGUGAUUCUCGUUGGGUUCAGCUUCGGAGGCAUCAACAUUGCUUACGCCGCCGAUAAGUUCCCGGCGAAAACUAAGGUUCUUGUUUUCGUCAACGCUUUCUUGCCCGACACAACCCAUGUGCCCUCUCACGUGCUAGAUAAGUAUAUGGAGAUGCCUGGUGAUUUUGAAGACUGUGAGUUGUCGUCCCAUGGAACAAUGAGUUUGUUGAAGAUGGGACCUAAGUUCAUGAAGAACCGUCUUUACCAAGAAUGUUCUGUCCAGGAUUACGAGCUGGCAAAAACGUUGCAUAGACAAGGCUCAUUUUUCAAAGAGGAUUUAGCAAAGAAAGAAAAGUUUAGCGAGGAAGGGUAUGGCUCGGUUCGACGAGUUUACAUAAUGGGUAAAGAAGACAAAGCUAUUCCGUGCGAUUUUAUUCGUUGGAUGAUUGAUAAUUUCAACGUAUCAAAAGUGUACGAGAUCGACGGUGGAGAUCACAUGGUGAUGCUCUCCAAACCCCAACAACUCUUCGAGUGUCUCUCUACUAUCGCCUUCGAUUCGAAUUAAUAAAAAUAAACAUGAGUUGUAAUGAAAUAAACUGUGGACUAAUGUGUAAUCUAUAUCAUCAUCUUUUUCUUUACUAGAACA